GCGCAUUCAUUGGCCGCCGUCGUCAGAUAUUUUCUCCGAGAAAAACCAUAAACCCCAACUCAACACAGAGGCUCCAAUUGUUUGGGGACCUUUUUCAUUUCGGGGAAGCUAGCUAGGGUUGGUCGGAGGAGCUUGAAAAUGAUGAAGAGGAGGUCGACUGCUCCGCACGGCAAAGACAUGCCGUCUUCUACGGCCAAGGACGAGGAAGUUGAGUGGGAAAUGAGACCCGGAGGAAUGCUGGUCCAGAAAAGAGUCGACAAGUCCUCUGACAUCGCUCCGGCUCCCAAUUUGCGGCUUCGUAUUGCUUUCGGUGCUCUCCGCUAUGAGAUCUCGGCCAGCUCUCAGUCCACCUUUGGGGAGUUGAAGAAGGUUCUUACGACGGAUACGGAGUUACAACCCGGAGACCAGAGGCUAAUAUUCAGAGGAAAAGAGCGACAGAACGGGGAGUACUUGGACAUGUCCGGAGUCAAAGACCGAUCAAAAGUCAUGCUAAUAGAGGACCCGGCAAGCAUGGAGAGAAGAGCCAAUGAGAUGAGGAGGAGCGCCAAGAUCCAGACCGCUCAUCGCGCAAUCUCAGACGUGUGCUUGGAGGUCGACAAGCUCGCGGAGCAGGUCUCUGCUAUUGAAAAAUCUAUCUCAAAUGGAAUCAAGGUAGCAGAAGUUCAAAUCACUACACUAAUUGAGAUGCUCAUGAGACAAGCAAUCAAGCUGGACAACAUUUCUGCAGAAGGAGAUGUUUCUGCUCAAAAGAGUUUGCAGGGCAAGAGGGUCCAGAAAUGUGUCGAAACUCUUGAUGCGAUGAAGAUAUCAAAUGCAAAGGUAAAGCCUAUAGUCGUGACAACCAAAUGGGAAACCUUUGAUCCUUCUCCAACUACAGCCAACUGGGAAUUUUUUGAUUAAUCUUUGAUCGAUCAUCACCACAUAUUUCGAUCGUCUUUGCUCAUAUUCAUUCUAUGUAAUUAGUUAGAGAGGAGCAGAGAGAGAAAUACGUACAUGCACGUACUAAUAGUUUUUCCUCCAUAAUCUUUGCCAAUAAGUAUAUG